AUGUACAAGAGUACAACUGGGGAAGACAAAAGAGAGGCCGAGGAAGAACGAGACCAAGGACGAGAACGAACACGGCCAACGACCUUUCUAGAGCUCCUUCGCCUGUGCCACACCCUUGUCUCGUUGUUACGAGCCGAAGCCCCGUCUCGCUCCACGACUGGGAAAAUGCCAGCUCCAACCGGGAAAUAUUGUCCGUUGCGACUUCAGCAUUGGGAAGAUUGUGCUUCCAGACAACAGGAGAUUUACCGCUCUGUUUGCGCCUAUCUGGCACCUCCAGGAGAGGCUGCAACACAGCUGUUCCUGUCGCGCAUAGUGCUAGAAGGCUUUGGGGAAGAAUUUAAUAAAAGGGCAAUAAGUAGUGAACAAGACCUGGAAAGCUAUGAACGAUUUGGGGUGGAAAAUCAUGUUCGUGAUAUUAUCGCACAGCUCUGCAAGAUACCGGCCGCUCGAGAGGAAUUUGGCCUGAGCGAUGGAGUCAAGUUUGACAAUCAUGCAAAUGCCCUCAAGCCACCCGAGACUGACCCAUCCCUACCGACUACGUACCGGCGUUCUAGACCAGAUCAAUUUUGUAUAUGCCGGAUUGACUGUGAGAGAAAUACCCUUCUUACCACAGUCGAGUAUAAGCCGCCCCAUAAGCUGUCCGUCGAGAACCUUCGCGCAGGAUUGCGAGACAUGAACUUCUGGGAAGACGUGGUCCGACCGAAUUCUAUCCCCACGGAGGAGUCGGCGAAACUGACGUAUAAUGCAGCCUGUCUGACUGCAUCCGCUGUGACUCAAGAGUAUUAUGUGAUGAUUCAGGAAGGACUCGAGUACUCAUAUUUGAACGGGUUGGCCUUGGUUCUGUUACGGGUCCCCUACGAUGAACCGGGCACGUUAUACUACCACCUCUGCGAGCCAAACGUGGAGAUCGAUCUAAAUGACGACUGGAGCUUUGAGCAGCCAUUAACCGCCAUUGCACGGGUAUUGUGUCUCUGCUUGAUGAGUUUUGGCCCGCCGGUCCGCAACCAGGCGUGGCGAAAUCAGGCAUCGAAGAAGCUGCCGGUCUGGAAGACGAGUUUCGAUCAUACCCGUUCCCAAAUCCCGGAAAGAGAAUUACGGCAACACUCACCAAGCCCAGAAUAUAGUCCCUCGGAGAGUUCUGGAUGGACAGCGUCAGAGUACCUCCCAUCAUCCUCUCCGAUUGAAUCCCCUACGCAACGUCGAAUACCAACCCGAUCUCGAGCCCAGUGCGCGCCGAAUACCAUGGAGCGUGAUGAGUCUCCCGAACCUGAUAUGGACCCCGCCCCUGGCGGGCGGAAGCGUGGCUUCAACCAGGUUACAUCAUCUCCAUCGUCUCCAUCGGUGCAGCGCUCGGCCCGUCAGACCGGGGGCCAGCAGAAUGAACGCGGCCGAUACCAACACAACGCUCAAUUCUGUACCCAGCAAUGCCUGCUUGGCUUACAGCGAGGAGGCAAGCUGGAUGACCACUGCCCGAAUGCCGAGCUCCAUCGACAGGGUGGGACCAGCAUCCAACACCUGAUCGACGCCAAGGGUCUGGUUCGGCAGCUUAAGCAGCAACUGGAUGAAAACCUCGACCGCGAUUGCACCCCGAUGGGAGGCUGUGGGGCAUCGGGAGCGCCUUUCAAAAUUACAUGCACCGCGUAUGGGUAUACGGUCGUCGGUAAAGGAACUACGUCUUACCGGUGGAACGAGGUCAAGCGAGAGGCGGAUAUUUAUCUCCCAGUCUUUCUCGGCGCAAUCGACCUGGCCGUGAUCUACUUCCUCGAAGGGGCUGGCCGGAUCCGCCAUAUGCUACUUAUGGCUUGGGGAGGUCGUGUUUUGAUCGUUGACUUUCAUCGUUCGGAAUUAGAUGCCCGACCGACGAAAAAGCGAAUGAAAUCACACGAACAGCUCUCCUGCGGGGCAGAGGAACGCAGGCGAAAACGACCUCAUCUGGGCUAUAAAUAA